CAAGCGAGGUUCCGGAAGUGUAACUCUGGGAGAUGAGAUGGAGAAGUACGAGCGGAUCCGAGUUGUGGGGCGAGGUGCCUUCGGGAUCGUGCACCUGUGCCUGCGCAAGGCCGACCAGAAGCUGGUGAUCAUCAAGCAGAUCCCCGUGGAGCAGAUGACCAAGGAAGAGCGGCAGGCGGCCCAGAACGAGUGCCAGGUGCUCAAGCUGCUCAAUCACCCCAAUGUCAUCGAGUACUACGAGAACUUCCUGGAGGACAAAGCCCUCAUGAUCGCCAUGGAAUACGCGCCAGGCGGCACCUUGGCUGAAUUCAUCCAGAAGCGCUGCAAUUCGCUGCUGGAGGAGGAGACCAUCCUGCACUUCUUCGUGCAGAUCCUGCUCGCGCUGCACCACGUGCACACCCACCUCAUCCUCCACCGGGACCUCAAGACCCAGAACAUCCUCCUGGACAAGCACCGCAUGGUCGUGAAGAUCGGCGACUUCGGCAUCUCCAAGAUUCUCAGCAGCAAGAGCAAGGCCUAUACGGUGGUGGGUACUCCGUGCUACAUCUCCCCCGAGCUGUGUGAGGGCAAGCCCUACAACCAGAAGAGUGACAUCUGGGCUCUGGGCUGUGUCCUCUAUGAACUAGCCAGCCUCAAGAGGGCCUUCGAGGCUGCGAACCUGCCCGCACUGGUGCUGAAGAUCAUGAGUGGCACCUUUGCGCCCAUCUCGGACCGGUACAGCCCCGAGCUGCGCCAGCUCGUCCUGAGCCUGCUCAGCCUGGAGCCUGCCCAGCGGCCGCCGCUCAGCCACAUCAUGGCACAGCCCCUCUGCAUCCGGGCUCUCCUCAGCCUCCACACCGACCUGGGCAGUGUCCGCAUGCGGAGGGCAGAGAAGUCCCUGGCCACCGGGCGGCCCUCUGGGAGCAGGAGCAGCAGCGCCCGCUGCAGGGGCGUAUCUCGAGGGCCCGGGAGGCCGGCCAUUCCUCCACCCCUGUCAUCAGUGUACGCCUGGGGCAGCGGGCUCAGCGCCCCCCUGCGGCUGCCCAUGCUCAACACGGAGGUGGUGCAAGUGGCGGCUGGGCGCACGCAGAAGGCCGGCGUCACCCGCUCUGGGCGCCUCAUCCUCUGGGAGGCCCCGCCCCUCGGCACCGGCGGAGGCGCCCUCCUCCCCGGGGCGGUGGAACAGCCGCAGCCCCAGUUCGUGUCUCGUUUCCUGGAAGGCCAGUCAGGCGUGACCAUCAAGCACGUGGCAUGCGGGGACCUCUUUACGGCCUGCCUGACCGACCGCGGCAUCAUCAUGACCUUCGGCAGCGGCAGCAACGGGUGCCUCGGCCAUGGCAGCCUCACGGACAUCAGCCAGCCCACCAUUGUGGAGGCCCUGCUGGGCUAUGAGAUGGUGCAGGUAGCUUGUGGGGCUUCUCACGUGCUAGCCCUGUCCACUGAGCGAGAACUGUUUGCCUGGGGCCGUGGAGAUGGUGGCAGGCUGGGUCUGGGGACCAGGGAGUCCCACAGCUGCCCCCAGCAGGUGCCCCUGCCCCCAGGACGGGAAGCACAGCGGAUUGUAUGUGGCAUCGACUCUUCCAUGCUCCUCACUGUGCCUGGCCAAGCUCUGGCCUGUGGGAGCAACAGGUUCAAUAAGCUGGGCCUGGACCACAUCUCCCUGGGGGAGGAUCCUGUUCCCCACCAGCAAGUGGAGGAGGCCCUGAGCUUCACCCCUCUAGGCUCUGCACCCCUGGACCGGGAGCCCCUGCUGAGUGUGGACCUGGGCACUGCUCACUCAGCUGCUGUGACUGCCGCAGGGCACUGCUACACAUUCGGCAGCAAUCAGCACGGGCAGCUGGGCACCAGCACUCGCCGGGGCGGCCGGGCACCCUGUCAGGUCCAAGGCCUUGAGGGCAUCAGGAUGGCGAUGGUGGCCUGUGGGGAUGCCUUCACUGUAGCCAUUGGGGCAGAGGGUGAGGUGUACUCCUGGGGCAAGGGAGCCCGAGGCCGGCUGGGAAGGAGGGACGAGGAUGCCGGCCUCCCUCGGCCGGUGCAGCUGGACGAGACGCACCCUUACACCGUGACUUCCGUGUCCUGCUGCCACGGAAACACACUCCUGGCUGUGCGGCCUGUCACGGAUGAGCCCGUGCCCCCCUGAGGUGCCGGAUGCACCUCUGGACCAUCCUGAUCUGGCUUCUUCACCAAGUGUCACGAAGAGUGCAGGCGCCUGCGGCAUGACUGUCCCCACCAGACCCCCUGGGCUGUCAUCAGAGGGGCGGAAGGGCCAGCGAAGCCCUGCUCUGCUUCGGAACCCCAACCGGAGCAGGCAAAGCCGUAUGAGCACCGUUUCCAGCCCCAGCUGCUCCACUUCCCAUCCAGCUCCCUGCUCAUGUACCUGGGAGGCCAGCAGAAGUGGUGCUCGGGCCCCUGCCCCCCAUGUGGGAGACCCAGAUGCAGUUCCAGGCUCCUGUUUCCCACCUUGUCCAGGCUGGGCUGGUGCUGCCUUUUGGGGAGUGAGCCAGCAGAUGGAAGACUUCUCCCUCUUUCUCUGUAUCUCUGCCUUUCAAAUAAAUAAAUCUUUCAAUAAACCGAACCUCAGCCACCCCCACCCCUUUUCUCAGUCUACCCCUGGGGUCAGACCCUGGGGAGCUGGGUGGUCUCCUGGGCCUUGGCAGGUGGAGGCUGGUGGGGCUCCAGUCAGACAGGCCUUUCCC